AAUCGCACCAUUGUAGUUAGUCGCUUUUGUAUGCACAUCCAGCACCUGCUACCUUAUAUUUCAGAGGUCGCAAGCGCUGGCUUAACUCAUGUUGCUGUUUCGUACGCAGAGAGAGCGAGAGCCCUCUGCCGCCCGCUCACGACGACUACGUGAAUCGUGACGCGUUACGUGACUACGCGAACAGGGACUCGCUGUGUGAUGACUACGGUGAUGACUACGCGAAUAGGGAGGCGAUACGGGAGGCGCAACGCGAGAGGGAGAGGGAGAGACAGGCGAACGAAUACAGGGAGUACGUGAACGCACCGUCCGCUUGGCAACAAGACGGCGGCGAUGACAACAGGAAUACCCAGCGGCGGCAGACUGCAAGGAGUCUAAGUAACAACGUGUCCGCCGCGAUGUCGCUAGUAUCCGAACACGGGGCUAAUAACUUCGCCACCAUCAGGACAACGAGCAUCGUCACCAAACAGCAGAAGGAACACAACCAGGAGAUGCACGAACAAAUGUCCGGAUACAAGCGUAUGAGACGAGAGCACCAAGCUGCGUUACUUAAGCUGGAGGAGCGCUGUAAGGCUGACGUGGACGCGCACAAGGCGCAGCUAGACCGCGAGUACGACGCGCUGCUGCAGCAGCUGUCUCGCGAGCUGGAGCGGCUACAGACCAAGCACGCCCAAGAGCUGGAUCGCAAACAGAAACAGAACGCGGCGGCCGAAAAGAAGCUCAUCAAAGAUAUUACCGCGAGGCAGGAACAAGAGCGGAAGGCGUUCGAGACGCAACGCAAGCGCGAAUACAAGGCUAAUAAGGAGAGGUGGAAAAAGGAGCUCAGUAUGGACGACGCAACGCCUAAACGACAGAGAGAUGCUACUCUGCAGUCACAAAAGGAUAAUAUGAAGCAAGCGGAGGCGGCGGAGGAGGCGCGACUGGUUCGUUCGCAGCGCGAGUACCUAGAGCUGGAACUGCGACGGUUCCGUCGCCGCCGCAUGCUCGCGCUACAUCACAAGGAGCAGGAGCUGCUGCGAGAGGAGUUGAAUAAGCGGCAACAACAGCUGGAACAGGCUCACGCGAUGCUACUACGUCACCACGAAAAAACGCAGGAGCUCGAGUACCGACAACAAAAAGGUGUCCACGCGCUUAGGGAAGAGCAAUUGGCCAAUCAGCACGCGACUGAACUAGCCAAUCAGCGAGAGUACAUGCAGCGUGCUGAACAUGAAUUACGCAAAAAACACGCACUGCAACUCAAACAACAACCAAAAAGUCUUAAGCAAAAAGAGAUGCAGAUUCGCAAACAGUUCCGGGAGACGUGCAAAAUACAGACGCGACAGUAUAAGGCGUUAAAGGCGCAGAUUCUACAGAUGACCGCCAAGGAACAACAAAAGGAAGUAAUCAAGACGCUGAAGGAUGAGAAGCGACGCAAGUUGGUACUGUUGGGGGAACAGUACGAUCAGAGCAUCACGGAGAUGCUACAGAAGCAAACGGUCCGCCUUGACGAAAGCCAGAUGAUGGAGUGUCAGCAACUGAAGAUGCAGUUGGAGCACGAGCUGGACAUGUUGACGGCGUACCAGAGCAAAAGUAAGAUGCAAGCGGAGGCGCAACGGAACCGUGAGAGGCGUGAACUGGAGGACAGGGUCGCCGUCAGGAGGGCGUUGCUCGAGCAAAAGGUACUAGAGAUUCGAUACACUUUUAGUCGGCCAUUGCACAACCGAUCAGGGCUUACGCUUGAACGCAAUCUCAGUAUUAAUUUUAAUCCAAUCCAAUGAUUUCAAUUUUCAUCAAAUAUACCAUACUCUUGAAACAUUUCAAUUAGUUCAUUCAAUUACCAUGCUGUAUGGAACUAAUUGGCGCUAGUGUACCAAAUCAAAGCGUACAAAACGUCACAAUUGCAAUGUCGAUCGAUCACGAUUGCGAUCAAAAGGAAACAUGCUGGAUGGUAAGUUUGACAUCAGAUUUAUUCGUGUACGCAAUCUCUAACUCAAUUUGAAUCUAAUUCAAUGACA